AUGGAUAAGACUGAUGAAUCACCAAAAGAAAAUAAUCCUUGUCCUUCCAAAGACUUAACAGAUGAUGAAAAGAAAGCCCGUAUACUUGCAGUGUUGGACAAGUUCCUUGACGAAUACAUAUUUCAAACUACAGCACAAAGUGACAACGAGGACAUGUUAGCUGACGGUUCAGAAACAGAUGUUGUUAUAUUUUUCAUCUGUUUCUGGAUAUAAUUCAUAUGCUAAUUAGUACCAUUCAGAAUGCAGUACUGUUAUCCCCUGCUGAAGCACACCAGCAUAAAUGGGCUGCACUGGCAAAUUGGAAAGGAGGCAGAAACAAAAACAUAGAGAUAGUUCUUCUGCAAGAAAACAGAAAUAGAGACAUUUCAGGACUUAUCCACUUAAUGGGAUCAAACAAGACUGAGCAAGCAAUCGAAAGAGCUAGCAGAGCAGCAGGAGAUGUGCGCAAGAUUGUGGAUGUGUUUGAAGACCAGGCAUCAAUUAAAACAAAGUUGUCUACCCACUCACACAAGUCCUCUACCGAAGACGAGAACAAGACUCUCACUGAUUUGCGAAAG